AUGAUGAAGACCAGCCUUUUACGGCAGGCGGCCGCGGCCCGCGUCGCUCUCGCCGUCCGCCCGGCGCAGGCUGCAUUCAGGGUUUCAUCAACUGCCCUCCCCUUCUCACGCUCCUCCCCCAACUCUCCCGCCGUCUACCGCCCAGCCAGCUCGCUGCUCCGGUUUUACUCGAGCGAAUCCGCCGCCCCGGCGACCACCGAUGGCGCCCGUCCGGGUCGCAUCACUCGUUUCGCAGACCUCCCGCAGAUCGGCGUUCAUGAGCGACUCGUUGCUUCCCUCACCCGGGGCAUGAAGUAUGAAACCAUGACGGAAGUCCAAUCCUCGACCAUUAAUGCUGCGCUUGCUGGGAGAGAUGUGCGAAAACCGGUACCGGAAAGACCCUGGCUUUUCUCGUCCCCAUCGUCCAAAGGAUCAUCGACAACGACGUUGCGCUCGCAAUGCCGCGCGGCGGCAGGGCUCGCUCUGACGACAUUCGCGCCAUUGUCGUCUCGCCUACCCGUGAGCUUGCCGAACAGAUUGGCGUCGAGGCAAAGAAGCUUUGCCAGGGAACUGGGCGUCGUUGUUCAGAUCGCUGUUGGCGGAACCCAGAAGAACAUGAUGCUUCGCAAAACACGCAUGGAGGGUUGCCACUUGAUGAUCGCCACUCCAGGGCGCUUGCACGAUCUCCUCUCGGACCGGUCCGCCGGAAUCGCAGCUCUCAACCUUGCGGCCCUUGUACUAGACGAGGCGGACCGUAUGUUGGAUGUUGGAUUCAAGGCCGAACUGGAAAGCAUCACCGAGUUCCUGCCGCGUCGCGACGAGGUGCCCCGCCAAACCCUCCUGUACUCCGCCACGCUUCCCAAGAAUGUGGUCAACAUUGCUCGGCAAUUCAUUAACCCGACCAACUUCGAGUUUGUUCAGACCGUCAAGUCGGACGAAGCACCGACCCACGAGAGAGUGCCACAGUUUAUCGUUCCUUGCCGCGGCUUCGAGAAUAUCGGUCCUACUCUGCUGGAGCUGACGCGCCGCGAAAUCCAGAAGUCCCUCUCAGACCCCGAAAGAAUGCCCUUCAAGGCCAUUGUUUUCCUACCCACCACCGCCUCGGUCAUGUGCUACUCCCGGCUCUUCCGCGGACUCAGGACCAAGGACCGCUCGAUCCCCAGAGUCUACGACAUCCAUUCCAAGCUGCCGCAAAACAUGCGGACUCGGGCCGCCGAAGAUUUCAGGGCCUUGACGUCGGGUAUCCUCUUUUCUUCGGACGUUUCAGCCAGAGGCAUGGACUUCCCCAACGUGACCCACGUCAUCCAGAUCCAUCUCCCCCAGGACCGCGACCUCUACAUUCAUCGGAUCGGACGUACCGGCCGCGCUGGCAAGCAGGGCGAGGCCUAUCUCCUGGCAUCGGAUCUUGAGAUUCCCGGUGCGAGGGAUCGACUUCCGGGCCUACCCAUCCAGCGAUGCACUGACCUUGAAACCGCCUCGCUCGACGUGUCCAAGAUUCACCCGCUUCCCGCCGUCUUCACGGAUCUGAAGGAGGCUGCCCAAACCGUCCCCGAGGACAUCCUGAGGGAAGCCUACACCUCACUCCUCGGACAUGCCAUCAAAGACGUCAACCGCCAAGACCUUGUCAACGAAGUCAACAACUUGUCCAAGUAUACUUGGGGUCAGUAUGAGCCCCCGAUGGUUUCGCACAGGUUCGCUGCCCAGUUGGGCGGUGGCCGUGUCAGGGGGUUGCGAAUUGGCGACGUCAUCCCUCAACGGAGUUCCGGUGGCCGUGGUGGUGGCCGCGAUGGUGGUUUCGGUAGUUUCGGUGCCCGCAGUGGCGGCGGCUUCCGUGGUGGCCGCGAAAGCAGACCGCCUCCGCGUGAUGGGUUCGAGAUGAUGGAACGGCUCGCCAAUGAUGGCUCGCGUCAGCGGAGUAGGAAUCGUCCUCAGCCAUCCUUCUAA